AUGCCCAUUCAGACAGGGGAGGAGGAGGCAUACGAGGCAUAUGCAGACACAUGCAGUCUGCAUGGUGACAUGGCCUCCCUAACGACACAGCGCUGCUGGGACCGGCGGCGCUGCCCGAGGGAGGUCGUGAUCGGCUCCGACGGCACAGUGAUCACCGGCACCGUCCCCAACGGGGACCUCCUGGCGAUCUACACCGGGGGACGCCUGGACGAGCUGGCGCCAUCCGUUUGCAGCGAGGAGGAGGAGGAGCUUUCGACCGCGGCCCGGCCCCACAUGAUUCGACCCAUGGCCUUGUCAUUGCUCCUGCUGUUGGUGAACGCACGCCCAGCGUCGAAGUGA